CACUGCCAACAUCACAAUCGGCUAGUUAGCGCUCAGUGUAUGGUUGAUGCUGCGGAAUAGAAAGAAAACUAGUUGAGUUUAUCGCGACAAACCGUGUCGCCUGUUUGGGAAUCAUCAUGACCUUAAACGCGGCUUGAUGUUAGAAAAUCGGACUGUGACGAGCCUUCGCGGAUCCGUUUAUUCAUGUUUAUUCGCAGCCUGGUUGUUACGAAUUUUAGCCCCUGCUAAGCGUGACGAGAUUCUGUGUGUUUAAAGUUGAGCAACAGCGUUCAGAUAAUCGAUCAGGUCAAUGUACAAAGAGCCCAAAAGCCGCAUUCACAGCAGAUGAGUUGUAGACGUCAUUGUUUAAUCGCGAUCUCCCAGGAUAAAUGUUUAUAUCUCGCUAGCUAACCAGCUAACGCACCUAUCCAAGUUAGAAGGAUCUGCUGUCAUCAAAACGUCGGCCGGUUUCACGGGGUUUGUUGUUAAACUCCUGCAGUCAUCUACAAACUGAGUCAGCGGUGGAAGUUCAGCAGAAAUGGACGACUUCAGCUCCAUCAGUCUGCUGUCUCUGUCGAUGCUGAUCGGCUGUUAUGUGGCUGGAACUAUUCCGUUGGCUGUAAACUUCUCUGAGGAGAAGCUGAAGUUGGUGACAGUGUUGGGAGCAGGGCUGUUGUGUGGCACUGCACUGGCUGUCAUUAUACCAGAGGGAGUCCAUGCUCUCUAUGAGGAAAUGCUGGAAGGUGUGCACAACCAUGGCCAUGGGCAGGUGGAAGCAGAAGUUUCUGAGCAGAAGGUUGCAGAAGGAGUGGUGAGACCCAGCGGUGAACACAGCCAUAGUCACGAGCAGCUCCACGCUUACAUUGGCAUUUCUCUAGUGCUGGGCUUCGUCUUCAUGCUGCUGGUGGAUCAGAUUGGCAGCGCACACAUGCACAGCAGUGAGGAUCCAGAAGCAGCAAGGGCUGCCAGCUCUAAAGUCACCACUACACUCGGAUUGGUCGUCCAUGCUGCAGCUGAUGGUGUUGCUUUGGGAGCGGCUGCAUCCACGUCUCAGACCAGCGUCCAGCUGAUUGUAUUUGUGGCGAUUAUGUUGCAUAAGGCUCCUGCUGCAUUUGGACUUGUCUCUUUCCUCAUGCAUGCAGGUUUAGAAAGAAACCGUAUACGCAAACAUCUAUUAGUCUUUGCUCUGGCUGCCCCUGUUUUGGCCAUGGUCACCUACGUAGGACUCAGUCAGAGCAGUAAAGAGGCUCUCUCAGACGUCAACGCCACCGGUGUGGCCAUGCUGUUCUCCGCCGGCACUUUUCUGUACGUGGCCACUGUUCACGUUCUUCCAGAAGUUGGUGGGAUGGGAGGCCACAGCCACUCGCCUGGGGGGAGCGCAGGGAAGGGACUCAGCAAAGUGGAAGUCGGUGCUCUGGUUCUAGGAUGCCUGAUUCCUCUGGUUCUGUCCAUUGGUCACCAGCACUAGUGUUCUUUACUUGAAAUAUCAUCAGAAGCAGAAAGCUUGAAAAGUGCGAAUGGAACUUUAAACAGCAUCGGCCAAACAACAACCUCACAGAAGUGGUUUGAAUCAAGUCGGUUUCUUCAGGUUGGUGGUUGGAGUGAACAUUGCAGGAACUUUGCAGUCAGAAACCGGAUUUUGAGAAGCACCACUGGACUUCUGGGAUGGACUGCCCUGACACUCCUGAAAAGCAUUGUGGGAUGACAGAUUACGAAUACUGUACACGAAUAAAUACAUCAUGUGUCCAAGUCUCUUUAUUUUUGCUUCCAUGGUGCUGGUUUAAAAAGAAUCAGUUGUGGUUUGGUUGUCAUGUAUACUUUAGAUUUGGUGUUCUGUUGAUCUUUAUAUGGAAAAUGUCCAGACAUUUACAAAGACAUUAAAUUCAUGGGUCCAGGGUCUAUUAUGCUUUUUCUUUAGUUUAUUGUCCCAUUUUUGCACAUCUUUUUUGGUUUGUUGGUUUUAUAUAUAUACUUUCUGGUCAAAUUGCAUUUUGGGUAAGCAUACAUGGAUGAGAUUGUCACCUUAAACUAGCUCUUUUUAUAUGCAUGUUUUUUCCCUUUCUUUUUAAUUUCUUAACUGGAUUUAUUUUCCCAUUACACAAGGUAAAAUGAAGUUUAUAUAAAUAAACUUCUUUUUAAAAGAAAACGUAAUUUUUUUUUUCUAACAAAUCAUAGAAAUGUAAGAAUGUGGUCAGAGGAAAAUGAUGACAUCUUACUCACCAGACAGUUGCUUAAUUAUUAUUUUCUUAAAUGACACUUGAAAUGUUUAGUGUUUAGGGGAUGGACGUUUUGCUCUGUGUAGUUCAGCGCAUGUAUAGCUUUAUUAUUUGCCAUUGCUCAAACCUGAUUGGUUGUUGAAUUCUCAACAGAGGAUACCAUUGGUCAGUCAGAUGUUUUGUACUGUGAUGCCUGCUCAGAGCAGAGCCUGAGUACUGUAAAUAUGUAUUCUCUGUAAAAAAUAACAAAUUCUCUCUUUGACAUCCUGUUUGAUGCUGAUAUCCAGAAUAGCUUUAGUCUCAUUUUAGCUGAUGAGUAGGAAAACAGGUCGAUACUUCCAUUUUUAUAUGGCUCUUAUUCAUUAUCUAAAGAGAAUUUGAGGGUUUCUAAUUUUUUCGCUGCUCUUUUGUCUCCAAGUUACCUAAAGGUUUCCUCUGAAGCUUGAAUAAGAAAGUGUUAUGAGAUAUUUGAGGCAAACGUUGACACCAGCAAACUAUUAUGGUUCUGGUUUGCAAAUCGUUGCUCUCCUGCUCUUAAAAAAGUUCCAGUCUACAGUAAAUGAAAGCUGUAUUAAUGCUUUUAGCUGUGUAGCACGCUUAUCUUACUGUAGUGCACAAGUCAAGUGCACUGUCAACCUCGAAUUGUGGAAGAUCUGCUGACGUUUAGGGCAUGUAGAUAAUGUUUCUUUUAUGACUUCUUUAAAAGGGAAAUUUAGAGAAAUUUUUAAACCUCAGACAAUUGUAUAUAUAUAUACACACACACACACACAUGACAUAAUGUGCCAUAUUGACUUAUUCUGACUGAUCCCAGAGCUUCUGAAAUAAACAAUGACGGCAUAGAGAUUUAAAGAAGCAGGACCUUGAAUAAUUUCUAAGUAAAUCUGUUUUGUGUUCAUUCCACAAGAGAAUUUUGCCUUAUUUUUUGGGAAUUUGUUUAGCUUAAAGUGGUUGCAAAACUCUCUGUUCAUGAUUUGAAUAAACUUAAUUUCUUUUCUAA